GCCGUCUCUGACUCAGAGCUCCGACCAAAACACCACCAAAAAAAAAAAAAACUUCUUGAGGAUAGAUUUGAUAGGUUCGAGGAUGGGCGUACAGUGGGUUCUUGUGUGCCAUGGAGUGGCGACGCUGGUGGUGGUGAUCUCCUUCCUCUGUGGGCAUUGGCCCAUCUUCAAUGGCACUCCAAUUCAACGAAUCCACCACUUUCUCACCUUCGGCGCCUACGAUUACUUCCUGCGGUUUGUAGGGUUUGUGUUUGGGACGAAGGGCACUAACGCGAUACUGUCCGUCGAGAAUUUCUGCUGCGACCGACCCAAUCCAAUUCUUCAGGUAAUAUACCUUGCAAUUCUUGGGGGAACCUUUUACUUUACUGCAAAGUCUUCCUUCAGCUACAUUCCUGGCUAUUAUCUUAGCGAAGUUCACCGGUAUACAAGCGUGUUGGUUGUUGCUGUUGGUGUCUUGCUCUUUCUCUUAACUAGUUUUUCAGAUCCCGGAAUAAUUAAGGCUGAGAAUGUUUCUCAGUAUCUCUCUGCUUAUCCCUAUGAUAACAUUUUAUAUUCCCAGAAAGAGUGUUCUACUUGCAAAAUUCCAAAACCGGCUAGAUCCAAGCACUGCAGCAUAUGUGAUCGCUGUGUUGCUCGCUUUGACCAUCAUUGUGGAUGGAUGAAUAAUUGUAUUGGCGAGAGGAACACUCGUUACUUCAUGGCUUUUCUUCUAUGGCACUUCCUUAUUUGCUUGUAUGGAGCAGUUGCCCUCGGGUUUGUUCUUGUGGGUCGAGCAAAAGAACUAAAAGUUGUAUAUAUCCUAACUGUUUACUAUGGUGUAGAAAAUUCUUUCCGUGGUUUAGCUCCACAUGUUGUACAGUGGUUACUGGAUGCCUACAACACACAAAUUCUUCUCAUGGUGUUUCUAGCAAUUGUUUCGUUGCUAUUGGCGGGUUUCUUUGUUUACCAUGCCCAACUCUGUCUCACGAAUACAACCACUAACGAGACUUUCAAGUGGCAAGACUAUAUAAGUUUGAAGAAGAAGAUAAAUGAAGCAAAGGCAAGUGCUGCGGCCCUCAAAGCAAGCAUCAGUGAGAUGAAUAGUGAAAGAAAGCCUUCAGAGAGCAAAUGGAGAUCCUUCUUUCGGAGAUCCCCACUUGAAGACGCUGAGGUCGUUGUUAAAAAUAACGUCUAUGAUCGAGGAUUUUUAAGGAACCUCUGCGAGAUAAUUUUUCCAUUUUCAAGUAGAUCGUCGUUUUCACGGACCAAACUGAAGCAUGGUUGAGAUUGCUAUCGAUAAUUUUAGUUUACUCGGAGUAGUUUCUUCCCACCAUUCAGCGGCCAUUGUAGCUUAUUCUUGCAAUUCUUGAUUUGUAAAGUGGACAUGUAUCAAGCAUAAGUUGGAUGCUUUUUAUAGCCGUUUGCUGAUUACACUCUUCAGAAUUGGAGGCUGCGGAUGUUAGAUACAGAUACCCAUACACUUGACAUUAGCAUUUGUGAGAAUUUUUCCCCUCUCAUUUUGUGGAUUCUCAUCUUACUAGAUCCCCACAAGUACUGUAAUAUUAUUCAUUUCUUUGAUUGAAAAACCAGUCAAACAAAAACUCAGCAACUACGGUGUAUCACAAU